AUGGACUGCUGCUGCUGAAAGAAAGCAAACAUUGAUUCCUCUUGUAACCAAGACCAUGGAUAAACUUGGAAAGCCUGGUUCUGGGUUUGCCAGAACUCGGAUUCCCAGACCUCAAAUUGUAUUCCAUUCCAUCCAGCCUCCUUCCCAUUCGCAGGUCUCUGGCAUUUGCAGCAGAAGUUGCCCUUGCAAAAUGAGCCAAUUUCCUCAGAAGAGAUCUAUGGAGCCCCCAUUGUCGGAGUGCAUGAAUUCCAGAGUAGACUCUUUGGACAGCUUGUCAAUGGACAAUUUUUGGCUGGAGGUGGAGAACAUCAAACAGAGCACUGAAACUGAGCAAGAGGAGUGCAACCUUGCAGAUGUCAAAACCCCAGAGGAGGGAGAAGCCGAAGCUGAGUGGCUACAGGAUGCAGGCCUCUCUGACCUAAUUGGGGAGGACACCUCAGACAAUGACAAUAUAGUGCUGCUCUCCACCUUGACCAAGACCCAGGCUGCAGCCGUGCAGCGAAGGCUGGAUACUUACUCGCGGUCACGGCGGAAGAAGAACAAACCGCCCGUGCGUGAUGUCAGAGACAUUUUUGGUGUGGUCAACUCUGAGGAGAUGGUAGUGGGGAUGGAGGAGUCUGACAAGGAUCGGUCUCAGCACAGUGUGGAGACUUCAGACUACACUCAGAAACCAGAUUCAAGGGGACUCCAGGAUUUUUCUUGCAUGCUCAGAAGCCCUGGAAAGGAGGAGAUAUUCUGUACUGACAUUGCCUACUCGGAGCAAGCAGCCAUUUUGCUCAAGGGAUCAUUUCUACGGGAGUCUAGGAGGAUAAAGGACGAGAGCGCCCUAACUCAGUUUAAGAUUCCCAAGGGCAGGCUGGGAGUGACCCGGAUAGGAGACCUAUCUCCACAGGACAUGAAGAAGAUCCCCACAUUGGCCCUGAUUGAGCUGACGGCUCUCUGCGACAUCCUGGGCUUGGAGUUAAAGAGAAACAAGGCAUCCAAACAGAAGACAAAAGAGAAUCGACUCUUUGGAGUUCCACUCAGCACUUUGUUGGAAAAUGACCAAAAACUCAUCCCCAACACCAAGGUCCCACUGAUUCUCCAAGCAUUGCUGUCAUGUUUGGAAAAGAAAGGGCUUGACACUGAAGGCAUCCUGAGAGUUUCUGGGUCCCAGACCAGGAUUAAGAGCCUGGAGGAAAAGCUGGAAAGCGACUUCUAUACCGGUCUGUUCCGCUGGGAUGAGGUCCGCCAGAAUGAUGUGUCUGGCUUACUGAAGAGGUUCAUUCGAGAGCUGCCCACCCCUCUCUUGACAGCCGAGUAUCUGCCGGCUUUCGCUGCUGUGCAAAAUAUCCCGGACCUGAAGCAGAGAUUGCAAGCUCUCAACCUGCUUAUCCUGAUUCUGCCAGAGCCCAAUAGAAACACCCUAAAGGCUCUGCUGGAAUUUCUCAGUAAAGUGGUUGCUAGGGAGAAAAAGAACAAAAUGAAUCUCUGGAAUGUUUCCACAGUCAUCGCUCCAAAUCUCUUCAUGCAUAAAGGACUGGCGAAUAAGAUCCCAGAAGGGAAGGAGAAGCAGCUGGCAGAGGGGGCAGCUGACGUUGUGCGGAUGAUGAUCCAUUACCAAGACUUGCUUUGGACUAUCUCCUCUUUCCUGGUAGCUCAAGUGAGAAAACUGAAUGAGAGCACCAGCCGGAGGUACCAGUUCUAUGACAAACGGAUCAAAAACUUGCUACGGAAGAUUCACACAGACAAGGACAAAGUGGAGAAGAACCAGGCAGAACCUUCCAAGACAGUGAAAGUCCAGACAUCUCUGUUACUGAAGGAUUCACUGGAGGUUCAUCUGAACAAUGGAACCAAAGCUGCUGAUGUCCUGAGGCAGUUUCAGAAACACCUCAGUCAGAACGGCUGGAGUAUUGUCAACAAAGUCAGCCUCAUCAAACGUAAUGGUGCUGUCGAGUCGCUGAACCUGCUCCUCUACGAAGUAGGCGGCAAUAUAAGUGAACAUUGCCUGGAUCCGGAUACAUACCUCUUAGACUUGUACCACAUCAACCCCCAUGCUGAAUGGAUUAUAAGGCAAAAUCCGUCCUUUCCACGGAUGCUCUAGGGAAAACAUGAGUGAAAAUAGACUUUUGUUUCAAGAUUCUGGGUGAGAGCAGAAAGCUAGAACUUUUCUUAAUGAAUGUGGCGUCCCAGAAUGGAGGAAGGUUGUUACUUUGGAGGGAAAUAAGCAGUGUUAGUUUGGAAUGUUUUUUACUAUUUCAGUUACAGCAGGCUGAAAAAAGAGAGCACGUGAGAGUUGGUAACCAAUGGAAGUCAACAUUAGGUCACAGAAUCCAGAGGGUGUGAAUACUUUUAGUAAAGCACCUGCAAGCAGAGGUGCAGAGAAAGUGGGGGAGAGACCUGUCCUGGAGGAAGAACCUGGUAGAAUGUGUCUUAAUCCUUUUGGGUUUGCAUUGUUCUUUAUUUUGACCACGUCCUCAUUUUGGAGGAGAGAGAUGGUCAAAUCAACUAGCACUAUCAACAGUCUAGUCUCCUUGUGUUGCAUGUGUUAAGUUUCAUGGACUUUUCAGUGAGCGUCACAUGUACAGUUCUGGGAGAACUAGACUCGUUUUCCCCCAUCCCCCCACUCCUCAAGUCUCAUGGUUUCUCUGAAAAGUGUUAGGAUGCUUUUGAUUCUGUUUGUGGAGGGAUGUAAUGAGUGGCCAGAUAUAAGGAGAGGCUUGCAUUCUUCAAAUAACAUCUACAGUUAAAGCUGCGCACAAGAAAAAGUAAUUGUUUCUGGAAAGACAUGGAUUUGGAAUCAGCUCUUCUCAGAGGGACCAGCUGAUAGAAGAGAUAUGCCAAGGAGGAGCUGCUUCCCCAUCCCUGCACAUGUCCUGUUGGUAAUGCACAGUGGAAAUCAUAAUAGAUACACCCAAGAUGUGAAGUGCUCCAGUACUGAAAGGAAGACCAGCGUCUAGUUUUGCUGCUUGAUCAUCUUUGUGAAACCUCCAGGGUAAAAGGUGGCAGAGGAGAGAUUCUGGAACAGUAUUUGAGGAAUGUUUUUAUUGUAUUUCAGAGAACUUCUGUCCUGAUAUAGGGGCCAAACUGGACUUGGUUUGGGUGUGGUAGAUCAUAUGUUAAAGCCUGCAAAAUCAACAUUAAUGUGAGGCUUAGUCUGACCUGGCCACCGCUCCACACAGCUUCUUAUAGUCCUUGCCAGGGUAAAGGUAAUCUAAGUGAUGUGCGGAGAUCAUCUUUGACUACAAACUCCAUCAGGCUACUGUGAGCACUGAAUCGGGCUCUUUUAUACUGUCUGCAACCUUCCAUGACUCUGGAGUGUGCAUGCCCUGGGUUUGGGGAGAGCCCAGAAUAGUUACAGCCUGUCUGGUAGCAUAAACAUCUGUGUACUGGCUUCCUUAAGAUCAGAACUGGAAUGCAGUUCUGGAAGAGUACCUCAGAAGUGUCACUGUCCUUACAGUGGUGCUGAAAUCCCUAAAGAAUGAAGGAGCCCACUAUACACAAUGGUAGAAUGUGGAAUGUGCAGCAAAUCUAUCCGUCUAACUGUACCCCCAGCAGGCAAUAUAAUGUAUUUUAAACAUUCAUGUGGCACAGACAGGGCUGUCCUUCAAGUAUACUUCAGAAAGUCAUCUUUUGCCCAUCCUUAUCCACCCUGGAGACGAUCUCAGUAUUAUUUAUUUCACUAAUUGAAUUGUUUCCAUUGCCAUCUGAAUUGAUCCUCUUUACUAUUUUCUCAGGCUGAUAUUUAGCUGUUGCUCUUCCCUGUCUUGGAAUCAUAAAAUUUUUUAUAAGAGCACUUCAAGUAUAGAUUUCUUUUCCUUUUUCCAUCCCAGUUAAAUUCUUUUGAGAGGAUUAAGAUCCUUGAGAAACAGCUGAGCCAUAUUCUGUUUAAUUCUUCUUAGUCCUGAUGUUGUUCCUGUAUUUACGCUGCUGACUUUUUAAAAUGUUGUCUAUAUGAGAAUGUCUGUUGUUUUUGAUUGUUUUUUAGAUUAAAGCUAUGAUGUGCAGAUGCACGGAUUUGAGGGAUCAUUACUUUCAUUUCUUCCACUCUCCUGAUCCUCUUUUAAAGAGCCUAAAUAGCAAUCUGAAAUUGUAAGUGAAGAUUUUCAAAAGUGGCUAACGACUAUGGUGCCUCAAUUUUGGGAGUGGGGAGGGGUUACUUAAGUGACCUUAGAGGGGCCUGGUUUUCAGAGGCAGGAUGCUUCACGACUCCUGCAAAUCAGGCUGCUCUUAGUUUGGGCCCUCAAAACACAAGGGCCACAAAUUACUGGUCACUUCCAAAAAUCUUGGCCAAAGCGAUUGUUAUGAGCAUUAGCAAAAGAAAAGAACAAAAACACAGCAGAGAUUUACAAAACCAUGAAUACAAUAUUCUAAAGUAAUAGCUGCUGCUUCAUGGUGGCACGUCUUUGGAUACCAGGGGACCAUCUCAUGAAUGAUGUGGGAGUUAGAAGUAUGUAGAUGAGCCCAAUCAUGCCCUCCUUCUAAAGGUGUUUGUACUGUAAGAUGCACUCCUGAUAGUUCUAAAUCAUGUGGCUUUCUUUU